UUUUGUAGUAUCCGAUUAUGCAAUAUCGUAUUUGGCAACACUCUGCGUCAGAAUUUGACAUGAUUAUUGCAUGCUACUGCAGCGUGGAUCGAAUUUCCGACAGAAUUGGGCACGAUAGUCGUAUCCUGCUGCACUGCUUUUGUACGACAGACACUUACGGGUCUGCUCACUGCUUACUUCGAGUUCCCACGUACAGAUGGCGAUCCGAUGGUUUUCCAUGUAUUUUUUUCACGAAUGUAGAAACUAUAUUGUGAUUCGUAUAUAAGGUGAAUUGAUGCAUCAUUUCUAGUAUAUUAACAUAGCGCCAUGGUGAACAGUUGCGAAUGAGAACAAAGUACAUAGAAAGUAGUUGAUUGCACGUCAAUUGGAACUUCUGUACAUGGUGUGUAGGGGCUUGGUUUAAGGAGACGUUCUUUUUUUUGCGGCACAGCAUGUCAUCUGCCACAAAUCUGCACCCGGCUGCUUUGAGAAGCGCGCAUAUUCAACUCUUCCUACAACUGUUGAAACAGAUAGAUAGUGGCUGCCGACAGUUAAUGCAUGCGUCCAGGUAAUGCCAUUACGUGAACUUGCGAUAGAAUGCUACCUGGGUUAAUGGACUUUGCUUUGGUAUCUCUGACCACUGUAGGACUUUCAAGAAUAUUGGUGUUGUUGGUCUAGGCCGAAUGUUCGACCUUGAGAUGGUUUUAGAGUCACAACUGCAUAGCUAGAGAAAAAUUCUACAACCUUAGUGCCUAACAUUGUUCGUAGGAUUCAAAGUUUUUAAGUUAUUCAGCCGUCCGGGAACUUUUGGGAGAUCCUGUAUAUUAUACACACCUAUAUAGCGGGUGAUUAUGAGUCGUUAUUAACACGUUUUUAUAAACACUAAGGAGUUUACAUGCUUUAAAUUCUGCAAUUGUUCCGUGAAAAAAAAAAUCGGAUAAUGUGUCAUUGAGUGUGAUGAAACUGUGCUUGGGUGACCGGGGCGACGCAUUUGGUAACAAUUCUUUAGCAUCCAUUAAAAUUGAGGACAUUUUUUUUUACAAAUUCUAGUUUUUAUACGAGUUGUGUUUUUUGAAUGAAGUUUACUUGUGCAUGACGUUUGAAUAAUUUCUUUUUAUUAUUUCAAGCAUUUCUUGGCCUCAUCACUACAUGUACAGUUAUUUACAUUCACUGGUAAGGAUAGUUACACUGGUUUGCUGAAAACAGAAUGUAAGUUGAUUGUGUGAGUGUACUCUUAGUUUAAAAUAAUUAUCAAUAACUUGGAACAAUAAAUUAUUUAAUAAUAUAUUAUGUAAGAUAACAAUGACUCGCAGUUUGAUACAAAGAUAUAAACCGGGGUCAUGGCUGCUGGUAGGGGCCGAAAAAUAUAUCACUUGUGAUGACGCUGAGGUUAUCAUUAAUUUUGUAACCAUCAUUGACCCAUAACCUCAGAGCAAGUGUGAUAUCUAAGUUGGUUAUUUCGCAUAUGCAGUCUGACAAGUAAGCCCAACCAGUGUAUAGUGUUCUUCUUCAAACGGCUGCAGUGAUAUUUUUCGUUAACAAUUGCUCAUCAAUUCGUUGGAACGUCAAUUAUCAGCGGGGUCUCACUUCAAUAAAGUGAGAUGGAAGUUUUGAGAUCUACGAAAUUACGAUGCGGCUUAAAUUUUCCUACCCACCUUCCAAGCAGCAAUGUGAUACAUAACUCUCGUUACUCUAGUAGCUUGAAGGGAAAAAUAAUAGCCAUAAGAAGGGAGGAUCAGUCAGUAUGGGAACGUCGAGCACCAUUGGCGCCGUCAAAUGUGCGGCGAUUAACGAGAGCUGGAGUCAAAGUUAUUGUGCAGCCGAGCAACAGGCGGGCGUAUCCAAUGCAAUCCUAUCUAGCGGCCGGUGCUUCUUUGCAGGAAGACAUCAGUUCAGCGUCCGUUAUUUUUGGCGUAAAACAAGUCCCCGUCGAUCAGCUAAUACCAAAUAAGACUUACUGUUGUUUUUCUCAUACUAUAAAAGCACAGGAGAGCAAUAUGCCUCUUCUAGAUGCCAUCUUAGAGAAAAACAUUCGGUUACUGGACUUCGAAAAGUUAACAGAUGAUACGGGUCAAAGAGUUGUCGCUUUUGGAAAAUAUGCAGGAGUUGCUGGGAUGGUCAACAUUUUGCAUGGACUUGGACUGAGAUUGUUAGCCUUGGGACAUCAUACUCCGUUUAUGCAUAUUGGGCCUGCUCAUAAUUAUAGAAAUUCGUCAAUGGCUCGUCAGGCAAUCAGAGAUGCUGGAUACGAAGUGGCUUUGGGCGCGAUGCCAAAAUCCAUUGGGCCCUUAACUUUCGUGUUCACAGGAAGUGGAAAUGUUAGUCAAGGAGGUCAGGAAGUAUUUCAAGAAUUGCCGCACGAAUACGUCCCUCCAGAAAUGUUGAGAAAAGUUGCGGAACAUGGCGAUAUAAACAAAAUAUAUGCCUGUGAAGUCAGGAGACGACAUCACUUGGAGCGCAAGGAAGGCGGCGGGUUUGAUCCACAGGAAUAUGAUAAAUUUCCAGAACAAUACAUAUCUACGUUCAGUAAAAAGAUUGCUCCAUAUGCAUCUGUGAUUAUUAAUGGGAUUUAUUGGGCUCUUGACUCUCCAAAAUUGAUAACUAUACCCGAUGCAAAGAAUCUCCUAAGACCAGCCCAUACGCCUUGGUUGCCCACCAGUGUAGGGGCUCCAGCAUUGCCGCAUCGAAUGUUAGCUAUAUGUGAUAUAUCUGCUGAUCCUGGUGGAAGUAUUGAAUUCAUGAAUGAAUGUACGACCAUAGACACGCCUUUCUGUUUGUACGACGCUGAUCGCAAUAAAGAUACGAAAUCGUUCAAAGGACCUGGAGUCUUGGUUUGCUCCAUAGAUAAUAUGCCUACUCAGCUGCCAAGGGAGUCAACAGACUUUUUUGGAGACUUGUUGUACCCGUAUGUACCUGACAUUAUCCAAUCCGAUGCAAGGAAACCACUCGAAGAACACAACUUUAGCCCAGCUGUGUAUGGGGCAAUAAUUGCAUCUAAUGGUCAAUUGACUCCCAACUUUGAAUAUAUCCAAGAAUUGAGACAGGUGAACGUUCGUAGUCGGCACAAAACAGAAUGUGGGGAAACACAGGAUAAGAAGGUACUUGUAUUGGGUGCUGGAUACGUAUCUCCACCAUUGGUUGAAUAUCUUCACAGGGACAAACGUAUAGGAAUUAUUGUUGGCUCGCAAUUUAAGGAUGAAGCUGAUGCUUUGGCAAACAGAUACCCGGGUGUCGAAUCAGUGUUCCUCAACGUCUUAGAAAGACCUGACACAUUAAGAGAGUUAAUUGAUAUGGCAGAUGUGGUGGUAUCUCUGCUGCCAUACUCUCUACAUCAUGUAAUUGCAAAAACUUGUAUUGAUACGAGAACACACAUGGUAACAGCAAGUUACCUCAAUGAUCAAGUCAGAGCCCUGCAUCAAGAUGCAGAAUCCAAAGGUGUGACAAUAUUGAACGAGGUGGGUCUUGACCCAGGGAUCGAUCACCUAUUGGCAAUGGAAUGUAUCGAUGACGCUCGCCAAGCUGGGGGGAAAAUUGAAUCUUUUGUUUCAUGGUGUGGAGGACUGCCUGCUCCAGAAUGUUCCUCGAAUCCAUUGAGAUAUAAAUUCAGUUGGUCACCGCGUGGUGCAUUACUGAACACUCUUUCACCGGCAAAAUAUCUUCACCAAGGACAGGUAGUGGAGAUCUCCGGAGGUGGAGACCUCAUGUCGUCCGUGCAAGGUCUGAAUUUCCUUCCUGGUUUUUCUCUAGAGGGUUUCCCAAAUCGCGAUAGUACUAUAUACAAGGAACUUUAUGGAAUUAAUCAUGCGACAACAAUUUUACGGGGUACGCUACGUUUCAAAGGAUAUUCAGAUACCAUACAAGGAAUGCAGCUGCUGGGUCUAAUAGAUCCAAAUCCGCAUCCGAUUUUACACCCUAAUGGACCAGAUAUCACUUGGCGUACACUGAUUUGCAAUCUACUGGGCUUGUCAAACGAUAACAUUUUCUAUGAAAAUUUGAAGACAAAACUCGCUGAUAGAGUUGGUUCGGAGGAUCGCAUGCAGGCAAUAGAGGAUUUGGGACUUUUGAAGGAAGAUUUAGUUCUUAAAUUGAAUACUCCACUUGAUACACUCUGUAAUUAUUUAUCGAAAAAACUUCGCCUAGAAGAGAAUGAGCGGGAUUUGAUUAUCCUUCGACACGACGUAGGUAUCAUAUGGCCAGACAAUAAGAGAGAGGAGAAAGGAAUAAAUCUAGUGGCUUAUGGAAAUCCGCAAGGACAUUCUGCAAUGGCUUCUGCUGUUGGGUAUCUAGCUGGGAUAGCGACGAAAAUGAUCAUCGAUGGUGAAAUACAGCAGAGAGGAGUCAUUCUUCCGUUCACACCAGACAUCUAUCGCCCUAUGCUCAACAGGCUGAGAGCUGAGGGUUUGGAGUCUUUUGAAACAUCGAAAUGGCUGUAAAGUUUUAUGAUAGAGUGUUCAUCAGUCAAUUUAUAAUUGAGGAGAAAGGCUCGUUUGGAUACCAUGUGAUAGGGUAACAACAUUGUUGGAUACAGACUGAUCGGAAGCAGCUUGAAUAGACGCCAAAAAUUAUUUGAUAUAGUUUGAUCGGACACCAGCGAUUUCGAUUUUAAAAUUAAGAAAGGAAUUAAAUAAAUAUUUGAGCACUCGAUCGGAACAAAAAUUUGUCAGAUGCGUAAAAGUAACCCCAAGGUCCGAUUUUUACAUCGAUUCCGAAAAUCGAAAUCGCUAGAGUAUACAUAUAUAGCAGUACAUAUUUAGAUUAAAAUUGAUGGGAUUCGUGAUUUAAGAUUGAGGGAUGUACACAGAAUUUUUUUUUCACCACUGCAGCAUCAGUUACUUACUACCCCAUUUCAUGGCGUGAGAAAUCUUCAUAGCGUUGCUAACUGGAUAUACUAACAAUAAGUGAACACCGAAGACGGAGCUCACGUCUUUCGCAAUAGGUCUGAAAAUAGGACUUCAGCGUUAUGUUUCCACAUCCAACAGAUUUUAAUUUCAACCGAGGGCUUGAACAUAUAUUUAAUUUCUCAGUGCGUUUAUGCAAUGUUUGAUUAAUCAGUGUGUGUCCAACCAGACUAUCUGAAAUUAUUUUAAUUCUUUAUAUCCGAUCGGACUGUGUCCAAAAAUUCUGGGGUCCAAUCGGGCUGUGUCCGAUGAAUCUCUGUAUCUAAUCGGUCUGUGUUCAAUUAAUCUAGUGUUCAAUACAGCUUUCGGUUUAUUUGGUGUUCAAUAACGCUGAUAUCAUAUCCGGUGGUGUUCAAACGGCAUUCACUCAAAAUUUAAUAUUCUAUCUAUACAUUACGUGAACGCACCUUACGGCAAUGAAAUCCCGCCCAAGCGAUGAUCUUCGGAAGUACGGCAUACACAGCUCAGUCCAUCAUCUUGGCCGAGUAGAGUACGGAUCCACACGUGGCUUCAAUAUACGAAACACCUAACCUGUGUAAUUCUUAUUUCUACCUAAAUCCCUUUACCUAAGUACAACAUUAUAUUAUAUGAAUGAUAUUUCAUUGAAUGUUAGCAUUACAUGUAACUUUCAUAAAAUUUAUUCAGCAAAUGCUCUAAAGACCUGUGUCCAUGGAACACAACAUUGUCGUAUGUACAUGGACAGACAUUAGUAGGGGGACUAAUCACCUUCGUUUCAACUUUUCUGUUCUGUACUAAUUCUGCUCAUUUUGAGAAUAAACGCCUUGUGAUUAUUCCAAUUUCCAAAA